ACGUUAAAAAAAAAAACUGUUUUCAUAGCACUCUCCGUUGGUUCAUGUAGCAUAGUCACCCGUUCCAAUUGCAAACUCCAUUCCGUUUCAAUCGCUAUCUCUGUGUAGAAACGCGCAUCGAUAACUUUGAAGUUUUUAUUGUUUCUUCUUUAAUGUGAAAUCGAUUAACACAUUCAGCGUAACGAUGGCCACUCACAGCUACAAAAUCUUCAGCUGCUUUAACAGGAAGUUCACCGUCACCGAAGCGGGCCCACCGGCCGACGUCGAAAAAGCCUUCUCCGAGUUCGCCGGUGGCGAUCCCUCCAUGUCCGCCGAUCAGCUCCUCCGGUUCCUGACGGAGCAUCAGGAUGAAGUGGACUGCACCACAUCGGAUUGCCAGCAGAUCGUGUUGGAAUCGGGGGAACACGAUCAGGAAAGUGGAUUCACGCUCCACCAGUUCUUCCAUUUCUUGCUCUACCAUCAUUUCAAUACCCCUUUGAAAUCCCAGGUACAUCAUGAUAUGGAUGCUCCGUUGUCACAUUAUUUCAUAUAUACUGGACACAAUUCCUAUCUUACUGGGAAUCAACUGAGCAGUGACUGCAGUGAUGUGCCAAUCAUAAAGGCUUUGCAACGAGGUGUGCGAGUAAUUGAACUAGACUUGUGGCCCAAUUCAACUAAGGAUGAUAUUGAUGUAGUUCAUGGAAGAACUCUUACCACUCCCGUCUCCCUCAUCCAAUGUUUGAAGUCCAUAAAAGAGAAUGCUUUUGUUAAAUCUCACUACCCAGUCAUUAUAACUUUAGAAGAUCAUCUUACUCCAGAUCUUCAAGCUAAAGUUGCAGAGAUGGCAACUCAAAUAUUUGGAGACUUGCUUUAUUAUCCUCAGACAGAUACACUUACGGAAUUUCCCACACCAGUAUCAUUGAAAGGUCGAAUUCUUAUAUCAACCAAACCACCUAAAGAAUUUCUUGAAUCCACCCAAUGUGAUGACAAGGACAACGAAAAAGAAUCAGCUGAGGAAGAAUCAUCAUCGCCAGACCUUACUGAUGAACCGGAAACUGACGAUGACAAGAGUGCACCUGAGUACAAAAGCUUGAUUACAAUCCAUGCUGGGAAACCGAAGGGUGAUGUACAGGAUGAAUUAAAAGCUGUUGGUCAAGUCAGGCGCUUAAGCUUGAGCGAACAAAAACUUGAAAAGGCUUCUGACUCUUAUGGACCUGAUAUUGUUAGGUUUACACAGAAGAAUAUUCUCAGAGUGUAUCCAAAGGGAACACGUCUCACCUCCUCAAAUUACAAGCCACACAUAGGGUGGACGUAUGGUGCUCAAAUGGUUGCAUUUAACAUGCAGGGGUAUGGUAAAUCACUCUGGUUCAUGCAAGGAAUGUUUAAAGCAAAUGGAGGGUGUGGUUAUGUGAAAAAGCCUGAAUUUCUUAUUCACAAAGGUCCAAAUGAUGAGGUUUUUGAUCCUAAAAUAACACUACCAGUGAAGAAAACCUUAAGGGUAAAAGUUUACUUGGGGAAUGGUUGGAGCUCAGAUUUCAGCCAAACAGACUUUGAUACUUACUCACCACCAGACUUUUUCACUAAGGUUUGUAUUGUUGGAGUUCCUGCUGAUAUAGCCAAGAAGAAAACAAGUGUAGUUUCAAAUAAUUGGUUUCCCGUAUGGGACGAAGAGUUUGAGUUCCCGUUGACUGUUCCAGAGUUGGCUUUGCUCCGCAUAGAAGUUAGAGACAAUGAUAAGCAUCAAAAGGAUGACUUUGGUGGACAAACAUGUUUGCCAGUCUCAGAGCUAAAAUCUGGAUUCCGAUCAGUCCCUCUGUAUGAUGACAAAGGAGACAAAUUAAAAUCUGUGAGGCUUUUAAUGCGGUUUCAGUUUCUAUGAAUUAUGGGGAUCAGCUAUAUAGUGUGGUUGGAAACUCUAAAAUCACAUUAACCACAUCUCAAUGUGAAAACUAUAAUUUACAGUAUUGAAAUACAUACAUGUUUAAGUGAAUUUGAUGUCAAUCAAGCAUUCCAAUAGUAUUUUUACAUAAUGGAUAUAAAGUCAUUGUAAUGAUAAUUAUCUUUAUCUUUA